UUUCCCCCCCUUCCAGUCCGGACACUUUCCCCCCCUUCCAGUCCGGACACUUUCCCCCCCCCUUCCAGUCCGGACACUUUCCCCCCUUUCCAGGUCCGGACACUUUCCCCCCCUUCCAGUCCGGACACUUUCCCCCCCCCUUCCAGUCCGGACACUUUCCCCCCCUUCCAGUCCGGACACUUUCCCCCCCCCUUCCAGUCCGGACACUCCCCCCCCCCCUUCCAGUCCGGACACUUUCCCCCCCCUUCCAGUCCGGACACUUUCCCCCCUUCCAGUCCGGACACACUUUCCCCCCCUUCCAGUCCGGACACUUUCACCCCCUUCCAGUCUGGGACACUUUCCCCCCCCUUCCAGUCCGGACACUUUCCCCCCCUUCCAGUCCGGACACUUUCCCCUCUUCCAGUCCGGACACUUUCCCCGCCUUGCAGUCCGGACACUUUCACCCCCUUCCAGUCCGGACACUUUCCCCCCCUUCCAGUCCGGACACUUUCUCCACCCCUUCCAGUCCGGACACUUUCUCCAACCCCUUCCAGUCCGGACACUUUCCCCCCUAUCCAGUCCGGACACUUUCCCCUCCUUCCAGCCGGACACUUUCCCCCCUUCCAAAUCCGGGACACUUCCCCCCCUUCCAGUCCAGGCCAAUUUUCAGCUUUC